AUGCCGCCCCACCAAACCUUCUUCUAUCCCCGGCAGAGUAUAUCUCAGGGCACACGCCAGUCCACCCAGGGCUUCUUCGAUGAGUCUAGGGUGCCUCAGAUUAUAGCAGGAAACGUAAUAGUGCAGACCAUGGGAACAGUCGUCUUUUUCGCAAGAGUCUACUCUCGCCUUCUUAUCAAUCAUGCGACGAAGGUGGAAGACUAUGUUCUCAUAUUCGCUUGGAUGCUCGCGACCGCGUACAGUAUAUGCCAAUAUGCCCAAAUUGAACACGGCUCUGGGCACCACAUCGCCGCCGUCGCCAUGCGUAAUCCGUCCGACCCGAUCGAAGCACAAAAAUGGGCUUACGCCGCGCAACUGCUCAUCAUUCCCGCUCUGAUGCUCCCUAAGCUCAGCAUCUGUCUGUCCUAUCUUCGCAUCUUCUACUCCGACGUCCAAGGACGCCGGAUGAUCCAGGUCGUGAUGGCCAUUCUCAUUAUACAGGUAUUUCCCUUCUUCAUCGAGAACAUUUUCCAAUGCAAACCCAUCUACGUAUACUGGACGGAAGGACGCCCGUCAUCCAAAUGCCUCCAUGACACAGCCGCGCUCUACAUAAACGGCAGCCUAAACGCCGCCCUCGACAUAGCCCUCAUGGCCAUCGUCCUGCCCCGCAUCCUCGAACUCCACAUCAACAAGCGGCAAAAAUGGGCCCUGAUAGGAAUAAUUUCGCUCGGUUCCUUCGCCGUCAUCGCCGCUAUUAUCCGCAUGGUGCGCGUGGGUACCACAAUCGUUCGACCGGACUUCGAUCCCACUUGGGAUAUGUACGAUGUGUCUAUCUGGUCAUCCAUGGAGAUCUAUGUCAGCUUAAUAUGCGCUUCCGCGCCGGGUAUUAAACCUUUGGUAUCGAAGCUUCUGCCAAAACUGCUGGGAUCAAGUCUUUACAGCCGGACGAGGACACUUGGGAAUGCUGGGCAGCAUGGCGGCAGUAUCGAGUUGAGCUCGAAGUUUAAGAGGGGGACGGUGGGGAGCGUGGCGUUGAGGAAGAAUACGAAUGAAUUCGGUUUAGCGGGACCGUAUACGCAGGUUGGCCGGGGUGUGGAUAAAGAGUCUCUAGGUGGGAAGAGUGAGGACGAGAAUUCUGACAGAGCGAUAUUCAAGACUUCGGAGAUUCGAGUGGAGACCGAGGAUAUACGGCAGUAA